AUGUCGUUGGUCGACAGUACGGCCGCUUUCAAGCAGCGGUGCCAUGAUGUUGAUGGUAGUGCGCUGCUGACGGCUUUGGAAGCGCAGGGCAUCACCAGCUUUGCAUCCCUGGCUUAUGCAUGCGGGACGCCACAGGACCGCCCCACGCAGGCGGAGAUGGACGCUUUUGCUGCUCGCAUCCUUGGUGCCGCGCCGCGCCUUGGUGACAUCGCAUUGCUUAAGCGGCUCCUGUUCGAGGCUUGUACGUACGUGAUCGCCCAGCUGCGGCAAUCUGUACAAGGUGAGACCUCGGAGACCCCACGAAAGUUGCCUUUGGCAGAGAAAGCGGCACGGGCUGAGGAUCAAAAGCGUCGGCUCGUUGGCGUGCACAUCGAGCGUGACAUGAUUCCAUCGCACGCCCUUGUGGACCUCUGUUGCCACAUGCUGGACGUGGGGGUCACAUGGAUCUCGCCCGGCAAAUGCACUAGUCGCGAGAGCGAGAUACAAUUGUCAACCAAGGACCAAAGCCGCGUUUUCCGACUUGAGGAUAACUCACUUAAGGUGGGUAGCGAUCAGCCCAAGGACACCGCCUCCUUUGACUCUCCGAUCAAACUUCAGUGGUGCUUGCAGCGACGUGGACUGGCUCUUGACCAGGCCAGGGUCAUGUCGUGGGCCCAACAUGAGAGGUGGGUUCAUUGCUUGCUGCAUGCGCUCACGAAGGACUGCCCUUCGGGUUUUCAUAAACCUGACAUGAAUCGCAUCGUCCAGGCGGACCGCGAGGCAUGGUUGAUCAUGGCAUCCGAAGUUAAGUCGCUUAAGGUCACAGCUGCCGGUGACUUCCCGCUGGGAGUGGCGCUUGAUGCACUGAGAACCGACCCUCGAAUCACCAUGUACCUCAUGGCUACUUGGGGCCGGGCACCGGACGUCAAACCUGUUGAUGUUGAUCACCCGCCGCCAGUUCAUAAUAAGCCCGGUGAAGGUCUUUCUAGGUCCGCCAAGCGCAGACGCAGGCUGAAGGCCGCAGCUUCUUCGCGCACUACCACUCCCACCGGCAAGGCCUCGUCUGCAGCUCGCACCAUGCCUGCAGAGCUCAAGGAUGCUCACCAGAAGGCUGAGGAUGGCACGCCGAUUUGUUGGGACCAUAAUUGUGGCGGCUGCAAGAACAAAACGGAGGGCGACCCUCCCAGGUGCAAUCGGGGCGUGCACAUCUGCGCUUACUGUCGCCGGGUUGGCCACUCCUUCCGCAACUGCCGUGCUCGGAGCUGGAAGGGUGCUGGCAAAGGCACUGGGCCACACGUGGCCGGAUAUUCUUUUGAUGCCGUCAUUUCUUCUUUUGACACUAAGGCACUGGCUGAGGUUGAGCGAUUGGCUGCCGCUUGCUUGCGUGCCGGUUUUGUGAGUUUCGACUCACUCAUGUCCAUGAGUGCUUUGCUUCCCGCCGAUACAGUCCAGGGACCGUCAGGCAAGCCUGUGGAGCCCCAGGACCCAAAGGCCUUUACUUCAGGUGCAUUUGUGCACCUCCACGACACUGGACUACGAUCCAAUUUUCGGGUUUUCCCCAUGUCAACUUCACUGCUUGCACGGGUUUUGGCUGCACAAUUCCCGGGGCGCAUGUUUUCCUCUGUCGGUUUAUUUUUCAACUUGAGGGCACCUGUCCACUCUGAUGCCAAUAACGACCAUCGCCACCCGAAUCUGUUGCUGCCGGCGUCGUGCUUUGUCGAUGGACAGGUCUGGGUGGAAGGCAAAGGUUCUGUGCCGUGCCCAGACCCACAGGUUAGGCGGCGUGGCUACUUGCUACCGGUGCACCAGGGGCCACAGCUCCUCCCAUCGGAGCGUUUGCAUGCCACCUGUGACUGGCGUGGCACGAUCAUCGUCGUCAACUUCGCGACGCCGGCUUCCGACUACCAGAUCACGGCUGUCCUGUUUUUGCAUCUCCUGCCUCUGUCGAACAUGACGGCGGCUUCGCUUCACCUCCUGCUGCUCCGCUUCUCCCCGCCCCUGUGGGUACCCGUUUCCACUGCUGCUUCGCGCUCUGCUUCUUCCCCCGCUUCGACUUCUGCCGCCACGAUCAACCGUGUCUUCCCCGACCAGGUUGCGCCUUUGGUGCUGGAGGUCUUUGCGGGUACGGCGCGCCUUAGCUCGGCAUGUCAGCGGCUUGGCUUUCGUACUUUGGCCGUCGACAAGGCUUCUGCGCAAAGUCGGUUUCCCAUACAGCAGCUGGACCUCACCCUGGAUGACGACUUGGCCAUGCUCCUGGACAUCAUUCGGCUCGAGUCUGCCAACAUCGCUUGGAUUCACUGCGCUCCACCCUGUGGGACCGCGUCUGCAGCUCGAUCUCGCCCGCUUUCUGGCGUCGACCCCUCUAUGAAGGCGCCGGUCCCUUUGCGGAGCACCACCGAGCCCCAAGGACUCAGCACUCUUCGCGGCCAAGAUCGGCUGCGGGUGGAUCAAGCAAACUUGCUUUACCGGGCGGUGGGAGCCAUCGCCGACCUCGCCAUGGCGCUCAAGAUCUUCAUCUCCAUCGAGAACCCGGCAAACUCCCUUGCGUGGCUUUGCGACGGGCUGGAUCAUCUUUUUCGUCUUCCUCACUAUCCGGUCGUCUUUGACGCGUGCAUGCACGGCGGCACGCGUGACAAGAGGGGCCUUCUUUGGUGUUCUGAUGAUCGCUUCUUGCCUCUGGCACUGCUCUGCUCUCGAGACCACGCUCAUGCCUCUUGGCGCCCUCGGGUCCUGGCUGGUAAGGCUACUUUCCCUGCUAAGGACGAGGCUGCGUAUCCCCACCUUUUGUGCGAACGCAUGGCUUACAUCGUGGCCGAGCAUUCUGACAGCUUGCGUAAUUCGGCUCCCGAGCCUCGCCAACCUGCGCAAAUACGCCUUCAGAAGCAGCCACGAUCUGCAGGGCCGCUGGUAUCAUGUUACCGCGACUAUGAUUCCUGGGCGGUUCCUGUUCGCGCUGCUGAGUUUCUCCUGGCAUUGCUGCGUUGCUACCCCAAAAAGGGCGCCCGUGUUGUUCAACGCAAACUUGUGCCGUGGGGUAUGGUGCGGGUUUGCGUGCCUUCCUUGUGCUCUGCUGCUGAUUUUUCCACUUUGAAGGAGGCUUGGAAUGACCACAUGAGGCAAGCUGAGCCGGAGCAACACUUGUUGGAACAGCUGCAUCACGAGGAGACGGUGCAAGUAUGCGGUCUAUUGCAAAGUGACGACCCCUGCUCGACUAGUGCGGAGCUGAUCGUUGUGGGCAUCCCGCGUGAACCUCAGGACUUCGUCAAUGAGGCGGUCAAAGCGGGCAGCGAGGGCAAGCCCAAAUACUUGAUCGAGGCUCUUGGCAACAAGAAUGUCCUUGCCUGGAGAGACAUCCUUCGACACAAUGGCUUCAAGGACGAUCAGCUUUGGGCGGAUUUGAGGGAUGGCUUUCGCCUCACAGGAUGGAUGAGGGACACUGGAAUUUUUGACAAAAGGUUGCGACCUCCCGAGACGACCCUUGAAAGGCUGCUCGAACAAUCCAGCUACCGUACUCCUCUUACCUUGAACAAGUUGAGGAAAACGGUGGUGGAUGAGACCACCCGCAAAGCUUGGGCAGAGACGCUUGAGGAGGAGAAGAAAGGAUGGAUCUUCCGAGAGGAGAUGGCUGCUGGCAAGCCGAUGGUCAUUGCCCAUCGUUUUGGCUUGGAACAGAAAGGCAAAGUCAGGGUCAUUGACAACGGCGAGGAAUGUGGGCUUAACUUGGCUUGCGGCUUGCCAGAAAAGUUCACCUUGCACGGGGUAGACGUUCUGGCUGGUAUCUUUGUCGAGCUGCUGAACAGGCCGCUUGCCAGAGGAUUGCGAAUCAAAGGGAGGACUAUUGAUUUGGUUUCGGCUUACAAGUUUUACCCCAUACAUCCUGAAGACAGACAGCACCUACGGAUUGGGGUAUUUGACACUGACUCCAAAGUUGUCCGAUUGUACGGCACUAACGUCUUGCCCUUUGGUGCCACAGGAAGUGUUGCUGGAUUCCUUAGAGUAUCAGCUGCGUUGUGGCACACCGGGGUACAUGACAUGGGCCUUGGCUGGUGUGCCUAUUUCGACGACUUCCCGCUGCUGGCGGUUGAAGGCCACGAGGCUCAGGUGAAUGGCUUCGCGGGAGAGGUCUUUGACGCUUUAGACGUGGAAUACGCCAAGGAAGGGAAGAAGGCCACAGAGUUUGGGGAAACCUUCAACGCCCUGGGCCUUUCUUUUGAUUUGACCCGUUUCCGUGAUGGUGUGGUGACGCUGCGCCACACCGAAGCAAGGACUGCUGAGCUGUUGGAGACGCUUGAUGGGAUACUCCAGGAACACAAGCUCCGUCCCAAGGAUGCCGAGGUGCUUCGCGGCCGGAUGCAUUGGUAUACGUCUUACCUCUUCGGCCGGGCUCCUUGCGAGGCGAUGCACCAGAUAUCGAUUCGUGCUCAGGGCCAUGAUGCUUGUGCUUCCUUGACGCCAGAACUAGAGGAGGCCUUGAUGACCAUGAAGUUUUUCUUGUCGGACCCCAAGCCACUUGAAAUACGGCAAACUACGGGCCGGGAGAUGUUCGUAUUCACGGAUGGUUCGUACGAGCCUGACGGGGACAUCAAGGCCGGGAUCGGUGGAGUGUUGUACGACGAUACUGGCACACCCUUGUCCUUCUUCAGCUCUGACAUGGUGGAUUCGGAUUUGUUGACCUUGGAGGAUCAAUCGGAUCACCCGAUUUACGAGGUGGAGCUUUACGCGGCUGUGGUCGCGUUUGAGCUCUGGGGACACUUGAUACAGGACAGCUUCACGGUUUUCUUCUUGGACAAUGAGGCUGCACAGUCGGCGCUCAUUGCUGGGAAAUCUGGCACUUCCAAUGGGCGAGCGCUGGUACAGAGGUUUCUUGAUGCUGAGCACAGAUGGAGGGCAAGACCAUGGAUCGGCAGGGUCCCGACAUACCCGAAUCCAGCUGACGAUCCAAGCCGAAAUAUCUGUGAGCCGCUCAUCAGGCAAGGGGCGAGGAGGAUGGAUGUUAGCAGUGUUCGUUUGCUCUCCUGA